AUGGAUGCAGCAGAGGACCGUGAUGUCAAACUCCAGCGGGCAUCCAGUGAUCUAGUCUCGGAGUUCUCGGCCAAGCUACCAUCGUUGUUGUGGAAAUCUCAAAAUGGUGCCCCUCACCGUACCCCACGCAAAUGGACACAAGAGUCGAAGACUGAGAAGCUUGUCAGCCUCCUUGAGCCCUUUCAAGAAUGGCCGCAGCUUCUAGACCCGCACCUCCAGAAGCUACUGCCUCCUUUAGUGGAUGCAUUCCUGGCUUAUUUGAUCAAGCAUCGGGGCCAAUACAACGCGCAAGUCGCGAGUGAUGCACAGGGUGCUUCUUUAUACCCACUUCCGCGUGCUAUAUGCAGAUUGCUUUAUACCUUUUGCAAGGUACGUGGAGUCAAGGUAAUCAGCCGGUUCCUGAACAAUGAGCCGAAAUACCUCGAAUCCAUGCUACGGGCUUUCAUCCAGUGGGAUGAAGCUCAGCCCUCAAAUUCGAUGGAUGAUUUCCCUGGAGCUGACUCACAGAGCAUGAAAUGGGAAGAACGUUAUGUGAUGCUUGUCUGGCUUUCGCAUUUACUUCUCGCCCCGUUUGAUCUUUCCUCACUAUCAUCUGACGAUAUCCCGAUCCCCUAUGAUAAUCUGCAACAACUUGGUGAUCUUUUACCUCAUACGCCAGUGGCUGCAAAAUCUCUUUUGUCAGUCGCGCUGCAGUAUAUCAACGCCCCGGGCAAGGAGCGUGAGGCUGCAACCGCCCUCCUCGCUCGACUCGUCUUGCGUGGAGAUAUGCAGGCACUGGGACUACUGAAGGGCCUCAAAGAAUGGGCCUUUGCUACUAUUCUACCAGUUGGAAACGCGGAGCCACCUUCUGUCUACUCCUGCAUCGGGGUGCUUUCUUUCAUUGCUCGCCUGUGUGGCUCGGGCCAAGUGGAAGAUCUCGCUCCUUUGCUACAGAGUAUGUUUGAACAAAUACUCCGGGUGGCGCAGGACAACUCUGAUAUAUCUGCAACAAUAAAGUCCUCUGCGCUGGCCAAGAAGACCGUUGUCAAGAUCCUUCGCAACGUAACCGUGAUGGCAUUGUCUCUAAGUGAGAGAGGAGACAGUCGGAUCAGAGACGACCAGUUGUCAACCAUUCUGGAAGAGGCUAUCGAUCACUUCCUCGUAGCAUUGGCAGACAAAGACACUCCCGUUCGUUUUGCGGCAAGCAAAGCUCUCAGUGUCAUUACCUUGAAGUUGGACUCGGAGAUGGGUACCGAGGUCAUCGAGGCCGUGAUUGGCUCUCUGGGGGAAAAUAUUCUCUUCGAGAAAGAUGAUGGCACAUUGGUGACUCCAUUUGAAGCAAGAAAGAUCGAGACGCAUAGGCUGAGGCGAAAUCUGAGUGCCGUGGAUGCCCAGCGGUGGCAGGGCUUGAUGCUCACAUUAUCACAUUUGCUUUUUCGACGUGCGCCUCCCAUCACGCAACUUCCCGAAAUUCUCCAAUCCCUCGUGUCUGGCCUCGACUUUGAGCAGAGGUCCUCUACGGGCAGUUCAAUGGGAACGGGUGUUCGAGAUGCCGCAUGUUUCGGUAUCUGGGCGUUGUCACGGAAAUACGCAACAUCGGAGUUGCAAGCGUUGCAACAACAAGUCAUACCUUCAAUGUCCGGAACAGACGAAGUGGAUGUCUUGCAAAAGCUUGCUGUUGAGCUCGUUUGCUCGGCUUGUGUAGAUCCUUCAGGAAACAUUCGACGAGGUGCCUCUGCUGCUUUACAAGAAUUGAUCGGCCGCCACCCAAACACCAUCACAGAGGGAAUUCCUCUUGUGCAGGUUGUGGACUACCAUGCUGUUGCACGGCGAUCUCGUGCCAUGAUUGACGUUGCUAAAGCCACCGCUUCACUGGAUCCUAUGUACUGGAGCCCUUUGUUGGAAGCAUUGAUCCAAUGGAGAGGCAUUGGAUCCCCGGAUGCUGAGUCUAGAAGGCAAGCAGCAAAGUCUAUUGGAGUUUUGAGUACGCAGCAAAAAUUCAAAACCAUGACUACGGUGUUCGAACGCCUCCUGCAGAAACUCCCACGCAUUCCUCGAAGUGACGUUGAGGCGCGCCACGGAUGCUUUUUGUCGAUUGCUACCACGGUAGAUGCCUAUAUCAGUGAAUGGCAAGCUGCCCCAGAGAUGAGGGAUGCACCUGAAGCAAGGAAUCUUGCCUCCCAGGUGAACGGGCUCUGGGAGAUUCUGGCGUCAUCAUUGGGCCCUGCUGAUAAGGAUCUGACUCAACAAAAUUCCCGGCCUGAGCUGACCGCAGAAGCAUCUGCUUGCUUGAUCGCUUCACUUUCGCGGUCUAUCGUGUCUACUGGAAUUACUGCGCCACCCGAUGCUCUGCUCGAACGAUCACUCCAGAUUCUUUCACUCUGCGUUUCCCGAAGCGAUGAUAUUUCCAUUGAAACUUCAUCAAAUGCGUUGUCCGCGUUGUUUCCACUGUUGUCUUCGACUAAACAGGAAAAAACGGUGGAAUUGUGGUUCUCUCACCUACGCGCUUCAGCAAGCUUACCGAGUGGACGCGGUCAGAUUUUAGCCCUAGGAGCUGUUUUCAAGAAACUUGAAGGACAUGAGCAUCUACGCCAGAGUAUUAUCACGGAGUUGCUUCGGUAUGCGAGAAUAGAGGAGCCUAUUCAAAAGCGAGUGGCUUCUGUGAGAUGUCUCGCCAUCAAAGUCCUGCCAAACACAGUUGCGUCUACGGAAAUUGCGAGCAAUGUCCUAGGCUUCCUGAAUGAUUAUACUACUGACAGAAGGGGCGAUAUUGGGUCACUUAUCCGAGUUGAAGCGAUUCAAGCAACAGAAGUUCUUUUGAAGCAAACUGCGGGAGUAUCACCACGCUCGCAGACUACCCAAGACUUGGUCGGAUGUCUCUGCCGGCUUGCAUCUGAAAAGCUUGACAAGGUUCGAUUACAGGCUUGGCUAUGCCUCCAAGGCUAUUGGGAAUCAUCCGAUUUUCCCGAAUUGCAAAGUAAAUAUGAGCACUUCAGUCAAGUAUCUUCUCAGAACUACUUUGAUCAGUUAUUCACUCUAUUUUCCAUUGAUUGGUUACGCCUGCCUUUCUUGAAGGGAUUGGCUACAUCAGCAGUGGCAGGCUCAGACGGUUUAGUGCGAGCAACCAGAUCAGCUCUGAUUCAGUUUGUCAAUUCCCACGGGCCUAGCGAACGCCAAAAUGUCUUGAUCACGAUACUGCAAGAUUUGGCGACUGUUUUGACGGAGAACCUUCAAGAUGAUCGCUAUGCUCUUCCGGCAGUCGAUUUCAUUUCAUUUCUAAUUGACAGCUAUGCGAUUCACAGCUCAGAGCAACUGGACCCCAUCUUUAGACGGGUCUUUAUUCUGGUUCAGAAGUCCCAUUUCCGCUCCUCCAAUAUUUCCCGCAUCGAAGCUGCGGUGAAGGUAUACGCUGCUUUGUCCAGACUGGAGCCAUUGCAGCUAGAGACCUUAAAAAAGUUGACCGGGCUGCUGCUUCAUCCUUUCCCAAGGGUUCGAUCGACUGCUGCGGAAUAUCUCUUCAUUUUGACCGACUCCGAGACAGUCAGAUAUGAGAAUUGGUCAGAGCAGCCGAAGCAGUUAAAAGAGAAAGUAGAAAGUUUGAGGGUCGAACUAUUGCCUGUGAAAUAG